AUGGAGGUGGCUGGCGGCCCUGCCAGCUUUGAUUCCCGCCUCGACGAGGCGCGAGGGCCGACCUCCAAGCUCGUAAGCUUGGCCACGCGCUCCCGCCGGGCCCGUGGGCCGCGAUAUAAGGCGCAGCUCGGGCCUCGGGCUGCAGCCACCCGCCGCCGCCGCCGCACGAUGUCCUGCCUGUCCUCCAGCCUCCGCGGCCCCUGCGGGGUCCGCGCCUUCAGCUGCAUGUCGGCCUGCGGGCCCCGGCCCGGCCGCUGCUGCAUCACCGCCGCCCCCUACCGCGGCGUCUCCUGCUACCGCGGCCUCACAGGCUUCGGGAGCCAGAGCGUCUGCGGCGGCUUCCGCGCCGGCUCCUGCGGCCGCAGCUUCGGCUACCGCUCUGGCGGCGUGUGCGGGCCCAGCCCGCCCUGCAUCACCACCGUGUCGGUCAACGAGAGCCUCCUCACGCCCCUCAACCUGGAGAUCGACCCCAAUGCGCAGUGCGUGAAGCAGGAGGAGAAGGAGCAGAUCAAGUGUCUCAACAGCAGGUUCGCUGCCUUCAUCGACAAGGUGCGCUUCCUGGAGCAGCAGAACAAGCUUCUGGAGACCAAGUGGCAGUUCUACCAGAACCGCAAGUGCUGUGAGAGCAACCUGGAGCCCCUGUUCGAGGGCUACAUUGAGACGCUGAGGCGGGAGGCCGAGUGUGUGGAGGCCGACAGCGGGAGGCUGGCCUCGGAGCUCAACCACGUGCAGGAGGUGCUGGAGGGCUACAAGAAGAAGUAUGAAGAGGAGGUGGCCCUUAGGGCAACUGCUGAGAAUGAGUUUGUGGCCCUGAAGAAGGAUGUGGACUGCGCCUACCUCCGCAAGUCAGACCUGGAGGCCAACGCGGAGGCCCUGACUGAGGAGAUCAACUUCCUGCGGCGCCUGUAUGAGGAGGAGAUCCGCGUUCUCCACGCCCACAUCUCAGACACCUCAGUCAUCGUCAAGAUGGACAACAGCCGGGACCUGAACAUGGACUGCAUUGUGGCCGAGAUCAAGGCUCAGUACGAUGACAUCGCCAGCCGCAGCCGGGCUGAGGCCGAGUCCUGGUACCGCAGCAAGGAGUACCAGGAGGUGAUGAACUCCAAGCUGGGCCUGGACAUCGAGAUCGCCACCUACAGGCGGCUGCUGGAGGGCGAGGAGCAGAGGUUGUGUGAAGGCGUUGGUGCUGUAAAUGUCUGCGUCAGCAGCUCCCGGGGCGGGGUUGUCUGCGGGGACCUCUGCGUGUCAGGCUCCAGGCCCGUGACCGGCAGCGUGUGCAGCGCCCCCUGCAGCGGGAACGUGGCGGUGAGCACCGGAAUGUGCGCGCCCUGCGGCCAGAGGUGCAGCAGCAGCUCCUUGGUGCGAUUCGCAUAGCGUCCCUCCCCCUCCUUUGUAAAUAUAGGACUCUUGGAGUCAGCAGUCCCUGCCUCCAGCGGCCGGUUCGGGAGCACCCCAAGUUCAGGGGCCUUGAAGCGGAAGGGCUUUGAGUACCUGUCGUCCUGACCUGUCCAAACUGCAGCCUUAUCUUCUUGUAUCUCCUCUGCAUUCUCCCCCUCCUUCGCCCUUGCUCUUUGGGGUUUCUUCUGGAGAGGGCCGGCCUCCUCCUCCUCCCCCAGCCCCAGGAAGCUAAAUGCCUGCCUUCCUAACAUCCUAGGGCAGAGAGCCAA